GAUCGCGGCCGCAUGCCCGGAACGCAUUAAAGUGCCAGCCAAAGUGUCAGGAGUGGACAUCUUGUUUAUAGGAAACAGCGAUUCCGCAACAUUUUGUUACUCCAUCAUUGGAUCCUCACUACACCAUUAGGUCCUUACUGCGCCAUUAGAUCCUUACUACAUUAUUAGAUCCUUAGACACUGCACCAUAGUCUUUUCUAGUCCAUCCAUCUUAUUCCCUGAAGUCUUCACCCUCCACCUUCUCAAUUCACUAUGGCCGGUCCUUUCAAGUGCUACAUGCAGAAGAAGAUCAACAUCUCGUCGGAGUGCAACAAGCACUUCCGUCACUACAGACACCACCAGUUCCACCCGCACGCAAAACUCCUCCAUUUCUUCGACUCCACCUUCUCUAACUACUACACCGCGGGUUUCAGCUACAACAAGACGUGCACCGCCAGACAGCGCGCGCUCAACCUCCAUUUCAUCCUCUGUCGCUUCUUCCGCGCGAAGCGCACCUUUGAGUUCGUUCCGUACCGCUCCCCGUCGUCGCACAAUUCCCAGAAUGCCCGUGCACGAAGCCACAAUGCCGGGUUCCCCGAGACGAGUAACAUCACCACCGUGUUGCUCAACGCGAACGAUGAGCUGACGAAAAAGACAUUAUACCGCAAGACCAGCGCGAAGAGUGUGGCCGCAAAGGAGCAGAUCAAGUACAACUUGUUGCAGAUGCACAUUUUGAGUAACCUCAAGAUUACAAUUGGUAACGAUUUGAGCGUGCUGGUGACGAAAAUGCUGGCGCUGUCGUUUGCGCCGGGUCUUGGGAACAUGCGUCGCGGCUACGCGACGUGUGCGGACGCGCGCUCUGUGCGUGCACAGGUACAACUUGAUGCGUUUGCCAAAGAGCUUGCGGAGCAGCAAAAAGCGCAGAGACCCUCAAUGAUUGCACAUGACAUAGGCACGAUCCACGACACCUUUGCGCGCGAGCUCGCGGAGCAGCAGGCGAGGUUGGAAAAGCUUGAAAUCCCUCUGGCUGCCCAACUGCAGACCCUGCUUGACACUGACACGUUUGCUGCGACACAGAUUCUGCUUCUCCGUAACGCAUUCAAGACGCAAGACUACGGCCGUGUGUACGCGAUGUACCAGGCGCUUGCACGCAACGGGUUCCACCUCGCAACCGUUGAUGACUACAACAUCUUGCUUCUGGCCAUCUCGCGCAGAUCGCCCGUCUAUAACACGGCCGACUGCAUCGACGAGUCGGUGGAGGAAAACUUGUCCAAGUUGCUCACCGUGUAUGAGGCAUUGCUCAGCCAGUCGCACACCGUCAGACCCACCAGCGAGACCUAUGCUAUUGUGUUAGCGCUGCUUCUCGACGGCGCGGCGUUCGAGCACGCGCAGUUCCAGCGCGCAAAAACGCAGCUCGCGCACACGCCGCACUCCCGCAACGGCUCCGACUACUACCAGUUGGCGCUCCUGAUCUUCAAGGGCAUCGCGACCGGCGGCUGCAAGCACUCUGCGCACCCGGAAAUCGUCGAUAAGCUCCUCAUGGGCCUCAAUGUGUACGCGACCGAUGCGGCCGAGCUCUACGGGGCCGUGGAGUCCGCGUCCGCCGUGCGCAUCGACACAUAUCUCCACUACCACACUAGCUGCGUCAACGGUGCGCGCACGAUGCAAAAUCUCCUCGACGCGUAUGCGCAGUUCCAGGACGCGGCCGACGUGCACCCGCACUUGAUGCGCGAAAAGUACACCGUUUACGCGCUCUUGUUGAAGAACUUGGUCACUAUCGGCGAGGUCAACACGGCGACAAAGUUUUUGGACGAUAUUGUGCUCGCAUACGCUAAGGUGCCGACACUGAAAGCGUCGUGCAACGACGGGAAUAUUGCUGGUUUGGUGAACAACUACCUCAUGGGGCUUGUGACAGCGGGCAAGUGCGAAAAGGCAUUUGUGUUGUUGAAGAAGUUUCAUAAUGCCAGCUUUUUGCCGAGUGUAGACGGGGAUGUUUGCGGACAGUUGUUGUUGACGUACGCGCAAGCCGCGCAGGCUACUUCGGACGUGAAGAAUGUCUCCGGCCUCUCCUACCCCCUUGUUAACGAAAUCUUUGACUGGUACAUGUCCAUGCCGCCAACCGCCUCCUCCCUCGUUCUCAAGAACUAUCCUCUCUCUGGGGCGCCGCUCCGCGACGAAGUCAUCUCCUUCCUCAUGGUUACCGCGAUGAACAACACCUCUAACCCUGACGCCGCGGCCCUCUUUACCAAACUCCUCAAGGUGACCUUGUCGCACAGCGAGGCCAUCAGACUCAAUUUGGGUGCUACACGGUCCGUCGUCACGUUCUUGCUUGAUCAGGCGACGCAGGAUGCGAGCGCUGCCACCGUGCUCACCAAGUUCCUCAUGCACCAGUACCGCGCGGUUGCGGCGUGCGCGCGCACAGAGGCCAACUUGUGGUUCAGCGGUGUUGUCGACCUUUUGGUGCCGCGUGUGCACUGCCAUAACAACUUUAUGCGCGACGCGGUGCUCACCUCGUUGCUUCUCCAACUGUCCAUUAUUGAGCCAUGCGUCAGAAGUUACAAGCUCCAGCAGGACAACAUUUUCGGAAUCAUCCAGCUAUUUUCAGCCUUCAUCUUCCCAAAGUACCACCAGCCAAUGGCCCAAGCGCCGGAGGAAGUGGAGCGGGUGUUGGGCUUAGAGGCCCGGUUGAUCAGCGAGUUUGAGGACACUGAGAACCAUUACGUGGAGUUGCCCCAGGAGUUGGUUGAGUUCAAGGCUAAUUUGAAGCGCGGCUUCCGUCAGUUGUGGGAGUCGGUCGGCGCGAGUGAGUCUUACUCUGAUGAGGUGAAGAUGUGUUUAUGAAUAACAAUAUUAAUGUUUAAUCUAUGAAUAUCACGAAAAUUAUGGUUACCAAAAAAAAAAAAAAAAGUUUCUCUGAAUUAGGAACAUACUGAUUAACUCCCUAGUAAGUGUUUAAUUUAGAUUAAAUGGUGAGUUUUAGGCUCAUGAAACCGUCAGACCAAGAUGCGAGCCCUGAAACAGCAACCCCACAUCCUUCAUUCUAACUACGCACGGUAUCCUCCCUUUAUCCAGAAAGAC